UCUCUUUCCAGUAAUUAUUAACACAAGCAAUUUCACUUUUCCUUGAAAACAUUUCAAAUGGAAUCACAGUGUACCUCCACUUGAAUUUGGCUCUUUUACUAUUCUUUCCACCCCUGCCACUGUCUUUGAUGGUUGUGUUUUGCAGUGUUGCCGUAGCUGCCUGGAAAAGAUGCAGACCGUCUUGGUGGGGGGUAUGAUCGUGGGGGGGGACUACAUUCAGACCCAUGGAAAUACGGAGGGAGGGGAUUAUGCCUCUGUUGGCACUAAGCCUGACUGUUGCCAUGGCACAUCCAUUGUCCCCCAGCACAUGGGCAUGGCACUGAAACCUCCAGCGAAAAUGUUCUGGUCCAUUGAUGCUGUGUUUUUUUUUCUUAUUUUAUCCACUCAGCUGCAGUAUGAGGUCAGCUACACCUUAUCAAGCAGAAAGUCAUUGGUCUAUUAUCUUUAAAGGCUUAUAAUACAGACACAUAAAACCCAAACAGUGCUUGCUGACAAUAAAAUGAGUAACUCAGUCUGCUUUACAAUGCAAGCUGCAUGUGUCUUGAGUCACCACAAGUAGUCAUAUGGAGGAAAUUGCCUGUGCCUGCCAGAGCUGCAACAUUUAGCUGUAUUUCCCAGGCUGUAUUUCAAACUCCCGGUGAGUCUCAGUUCCCAAGUAGUAUGAGUCAUGAGAUGAAGGUAAUCACAGGCAAUGAUGUGGACCGCUGCAGGGCAAGCCCCGUUGUGGAGGAAUACCCUUGAGAAAGUCCACGCCGUCUGCAAACGACUGCUCAUAUAGGUCUUGGGAUCGCCCUGACCGCAUAGCCAAUCAAAACAGUCGUUUCAUAACUUGUAAGCAAAGUCGUCCAAUCAGCAUAGCGGUAGUAAUAGCUGCCUCACUCCUAUUGGUCGAGCUUAGACAAGGGCGUUUUUUUUGCUCUCUCCAACAGCACCAUCUCUGGCAGGUGGUGUGUGCUUUAAAACCAUACAGUAGGCUAAUGUUUAGGACGAUAGGUAGGUAGUUAUAGAGAAAUAGACACACUUAAAGUUAUUAUUUGUCGGUUUUUUAGGUCGCGUGCCACUACAUUGCCUGUAAAUGCCAGCGGGGGUCGCAGUUGAAUGAGAUGAACGUCGGGGUUCUCCUCUCUGAGCCAGACACUUUGUGCUUUACGGUCAGCGGUGAAUUAGACAACUGCUCCUUCAUCAUGCAGCUUCUGAAAAAAGACGGAAAAGCCCUACAUGUUGAUUAUAUUUCGACACCGGUGUAAGUCUGAAUGAGAGAAAAAAAACUCCCCCGCCGAACGGCUUUGACAAGGUCUCACAUCCUGGAGCUGCCUCACUUCAUCCGCCGGGUGUUGCACACGGUAUGAUAUGUUGAUGACAUUUUUUGGAAGUGGUCGUGCCUUUUGUUUUCAUUUCGGGAUAUGCGAUAUGCGGAUCUGUGAGCGCCACGAAACACAAAUGCACGGAGCUUUUUUUCUGCCUUGAAAAUGAGGAAGCGUUUUCAUAAAGAUCCAGAAAAUGGCAAGAAGGUCUCGUCGUCCGUGGGCCCGGAUUUGAGUAAAAUGAGAAGGAAAGGAGCAAAUGCAACAGCAGAAUGAACAUUAUUUCCCCCCCUCCCCAACAGAAUGACACCAAAGGAGGUAAAACGGUGGAGGCAGAUAAGACGCAGCAUCCAUGAAGGCGAUCUUGACAAGUUUUGAGUCGCUCAUAAUGAACAGAAAUACUUUACAGCUCGAUUGCAGAUCGUUUCCACAAUAUUGAAAGAUUUUCUAACUCACCAGUCAUAUAUUUUCCGCAUUUUUAUUUUUAAUUUUUUUUUUAAUUUUAUAUUUUUGAUCCGGAUCCAGCCCUGACUAUUCAAUGGAAGUAUGUUAUCAGCUGCCGGUUUUGCCUCUAGACAGGCCGGUUCCCAAGCAUGUCCUCAGCCGGAGGGGAGCCAUUAGUUUCAGCUCCAGCUCUUCUCUCUUCGGGGCUCCUGAUCCGAGACAGCUGUCACAGAGACGCGGGGCCAUCUCCUAUGACAGCUCAGACCAGACGGCACUGUACAUUCGCAUGCUAGGAGAUGUGAGAGUGAGAAGUCAGGUUGGAUUUGAACCAGAACGAAGAAGCUCCCACCCGUACCUGUGCAUUGACUUCCGAACUCUUCACGUGCGGCUGGGCUGUGGGUCUGCCAGCUCUGCUCCUGAAAGGAGGGUCCACAGACUGCUCAGCUUCCAGAGGUACCUGCACUCGUCCCGCCUGCUGCGGGGAGUCCCCCAGCAGAUCCCCCUCCACAUCCUGGAUGAAGACUACACUGGACAGGCCAGAUGCAUGCUGGAAAAAGUCGGGAACUGGAAUUUUGAUAUUUUCCUCUUCGAUAGGUUGACAAAUGGAAACAGCCUGAUCACUCUGACCUUCCACCUGCUGAACCAGUAUGGCCUGGUGGAGCUCUUCCAGCUGGACAUGGUCAAACUAUGGAGGUUCCUGGUCAUGGUCCAGGAGGAUUACCACGGCGACAACCCCUACCACAACGCAGUCCACGCUGCAGAUGUCACACAGGCCAUGUACUGCUAUAUGCGGGAGCCCAUGCUUGCAAAGUCUCUAACCUCCUAUGACAUCCUACUGGGACUGCUAGCAGCCGCCACUCAUGACCUGGACCAUCCUGGGGUCAACCAGCCUUUCCUCAUCAAGACUGACCACUAUCUCGCUACACUCUACAGGAAUACCUCAGUUCUGGAAAAUCACCACUGGAAGUCAGCAGUGGGGCUGCUCAGAGAGACUGGGCUGUUCUCCCACCUGCCAGCUGAGGACAGGCUGAGCAUGGAGAGGGAGUUAGGCUCCUUAAUCUUGGCCACGGACAUCAGCAGACAGAAUGAUUACCUGUCCAGGUUUCGUCUGCACCUGGACCAGGAGAACCUGUGCUUGAGCAGUGCCAGCCACCGCCACUUCAUCCUGCAGAUGGCUCUGAAGUGUGCGGACAUCUGUAACCCCUGCAGACCCUGGGAGCUGAGCAAACAGUGGAGUGAGAAAGUCACUGAGGAGUUCUUCCAACAAGGAGACAUUGAGAGGAAGCACAAACUUGAAGUCAGCCCACUUUGUGACAGAGAGAACAACACAGUUGGCAACAUUCAAAUAGGCUUCAUGACAUAUGUGGCGGAGCCGCUGUUUGCAGAGUGGGCCCGUUUCUCCGACACGCGUCUGUCCCAGACCAUGCUGGGCCACAUGGGGCUGAACAAGGCCAGCUGGGGCGGCCUGCAGCAGGAACAAACCGCUGUCUCCGAGGAGGGAGAGCCCAGCACAGCCGGCGCAGACACCGAAGACGGCGCCGCUCCCCGAAGAAACGGCAACACAGCUACAGGCGCAGGAGGAACCAGCUCCAAAGAAAUACCUCAGGGAAGCAGAGAAUCCUGACACUCCUCGUGUGCCCUUUCACCUCAACCUCCUGACCCCUGACCCCGGGCCUCAGGGCCUCACCACACACACUGGGGACCGGGUGGGGCAUCCACAGCCUGCAGCCCUGCCGCUGCCUCACCUGAUCCUAACACCUUGUUUAUGUUUUGUUGCUUUUGCCUCCCAUCUUGAUAAACCACUGAUUUUAUUUAAUUUAUUUAAUUUUUAAUUCCUCUUUUUUGACAUAGAGCAAUACAUAGAUACCUCAUUUGGCUACUGCUGUAUUUUCUUUUUAUUUGCUUUAUUUUAUUUAUUUGUCCACUGUAGUUUUGGCAUUACUGACUGAACACACCACUUUUUUUUUUGUGUCGGUGAACCUUAAGGGGAAAGCAGUAUAAAAACUGAAGAAGACAUUUUUCUGGUAUUUUGAAGUGCCAUUUGAAAACAAAGAUUUUGAAGAAUGAUCUGAACUGAAUUGACUGAGACAACUGGAGUAUUCAGACAUGAGACCCUCCUAAGACUUUAGAGUAAUGCCAUGUUGCAUUUGUAUUGAAGAUUCUUCCUCAUGUAAAAAAAAAAAAAACAAACAAAACAAAACGAAACAAAAAAAAAUGUGACAAGCCCAGUCCUUUUGCUGCCUCUAUGAAGACUGUUUACUCAUCUUCUUGUUUGUUGUUUCCUUUUUCCCCCUCGAACUGAAGUGAACCAUGUCGGCUUCACGGUUUGCCUUCGAAGCACAGAUGUGACGAACCACUUGUCUGAACUGUCAUCCCACUGUUAAAGCCAUGAGCAGAACCUUACUCAAACACACCAGAUGCCAUAAGUAACUCCACCUGUGCUACAAUGUGUUCCUGCACUCCCUAAAUAACGAUGGUGUUGGAUGCGCAGCUUCGUCUCCAUGAAAUCUUCAAGACACCCUGUGAAGGUAUUAUUAUAGAAAUUAGUCCUUUUCCGAUGAUGUUUCCAACUCUUCCAGUGCUGGUUGAACUCGGGGAGGCGGGGGAGCUCACCCCUCCCCACAACCCCCCUCCCCCCCAGACUGGAGAUCAGUUACUCACUGCACAUGCAUCUCACCUGAAACUCCACUCCACGCAACUUGACUCGCUCAGGGAUUUGCCAGUCUCUUAUCAAGAGGGAGAGGGAUGGGGGUGACUGCGGGGUGAUGCGAGGUUGUUUUUUUUUGUUUUUUUUCCCUGGCGAGGAUCUACUGAAGGAGACUCUCCCUCUCCGCAGAAUGUCUCUCACAGCCACAUGCAACCUAAAGGACUGCUCGAUUGAUGCCUUAUAACUAUGCACAAACUAUGCUAAGUGACCAAACCAACUCCUGUUCCCAUCAAGUGCAUGGUGUGCUUGUCUUUUGAAUGCACUGUCCAAUCCCUUUGCCUUUUUGUUGUGAGGAACAACUCCAGCUGUCUUUUUUUUUUUUUUCUUUCUUCUUCUUCUCCUUCUUCUUCUUUUGUACGGAAACAAAAUGGUCAAGUGUGACUUUGAACAUUCCAUUUAUUUGUGUUUGGUUUGUCUACUUUGACUCUGUAUAGUGGCACAAAAUUGUGUUUGUGUUUAAACAUUUUGAGAAAUAACAGGUGCUUUUCUUACUUUAGCUGAUUUGUAUUUUGCUGUAAGUGCUGUAAGACUGUUGAUAAAACUGUUUACAAUUUGUUGCGACAGCCAUUUUUUGGGAAGACUUAAGUGUCGAGCCAGAUUUUGUAAAGGCUUUGCUGUAUUGACCUUUUUGAUACAUGCCUGUUGCAGUUACAAUUUGAAUAAUAAAACCUGUUGUUGACAAAUGUU